AUUGCCCCAUUGGCCACUGGCCAUUGGCCUACUACAUCUCAAAAUGAAUGGAGUUUGCGAUUGUGUUUGCGUUUUUUUGUUUUUGUUUCGGAACUACAUUUUUUGUUGGAGUUGCUGCCAUGUGAUCUGUUGAGCCAUCUGUUGGAUUAAGAGUAUCGUAAAAAUUCAAGUUCUGGUUCUGUCAACUAUUAGAUAGCGCCUGGGCGCAGAUUAUAACCUUCAACUCGGAUGAGAGAAUCGUGUUGUCUUUUAGAGAAAUACAUUCUUCGAGGAUUUUUUUUUUUUGGACUAUAUAUUUAUGAUGAGUGCCCAAGUGUUAUCAAUUUAUGCUUUGGUUAUGUGGUAUGUCAGCCACUGUACAUCUGGGUCUGAGAGUACAAUGGGAGAACUCAUCAUACUUCCAAGUAAGCAUUAGCCAAUAUUUUAGAACAUUUGUACUUCUAUAUCGUUUCCAUCGUUUUCCUGUUAGAAAUUCUGGAGAGCUUGAUCGGUUUUGAGAUGCACGUGUACCAGCCACAGAGCUUAUCCUUUUUCACUAGUGAACUGGUGGCACACUGUUUUUGAAUCUGAGUUCUGUUACUAAACUGACUCGAUCGAACUCUGUAAAGUUUGCAUUUUCUAUUUGGUGUCACACCCCACCCCCACUUUUAUUUUUCAACGCUUUGCGAGGAGCUUCCUGGGGGUGUAAAGCUAGUAAUAUAGUUUCGUAAUUUUUUUUUUUUAAAUCGUCUUCGGCACUGGAGCAUUUGAAAUAUAAUAAUAAUAAUUAUUCCAGCCUUUAAAAAAAAUAAUUUUAAAUAUUAAAUCGCCAACUUCGUCCGGCCUGGCUUGGUAAUACCUAGAGAUAUGUUUUUAAUAUUUCUAAUACAUUUGAUAUAUGUAUUUUAUUGUAUCACAAAGUCUUUUUUUUUUCUUUUGCUGCUGUCAGCCGUGGGGCCGUGCCACAGCGCGCCAUGUCUGAAUGCUGGGAGUUGUUUCAUGUCGCAGCUCUCCACCGUCUCCUACAGCUGCCAGUGUCUGCAUGGGUUCACGGGACUCAACUGUGAGAUGGGUAAGGCAUUGCGUGACUCACUUAACCAUUCAGGAACUAAACGCUCUUCAGUUAAAUUAAAAACCACCAAUUUAUUGACGGAGUCUUAAAUCUAGUGAACUUAACGCACUAGACAUUAAAUGUAGCAUGAUAGAUAUCAUCAUAAUUUUUAUUUAAUAGAUUACAUAUGAUUAUUUAUGUCUUCCUAACUGUAUGGAGUUAAUGCUGUUAGUUAGCAAGAGAGGCAGUCGUUGAAACAGCAUUGCAUUUUCAAAAUAUAUAACUGCGUCCCCCUUUAUAUAAGGAAAUGACAUCAUUUUUUAAAAAAAGAUGAAUAUGAUUAUAUUACAAGAAAUCCUAAAUGAACAUGAUGAUGUACAGUAUGUAAAAGAAGUUCUUCAAUGAUGAGAUUUUUUACAAGCCUCCAUUUCCCAUAAGUAGAGCUUGCACAAUAAUACAUCGAAGCGUCUCACGCCUACUCUAUUGGCAAUGAUCGUCGACGGUAAAUUGAUCGACGGUAAUUUGAGCGAACGGAAAUUUGUUCGAAUCUUUUUUAAAAGUUUUUACGUUAAAAUUUCGCUUCAAAUUUCUUUUUGAACGCAUUAUUUUGUUUUACUAUACAGUGUAAAGCGCUCAAAAAGAAAUGUGAUGAAAAUUUUAACGUGUGAACUGAAGAAAAGUUUCGACCAAAUUUCCGUUCGAUCACAUUUCCGUUGAUCAAAUUUCCGGUAACCGACAAUGAUUUUGCUGUAACACGUUUUUUUUUGUUUUUUUUAUCAUUAAGAGCUAGUCAAUGUACUCAAUGGAAUAUGGCCACACAUUUUGAGACGCAACGAGAAGACAUCUUGGCAUCUCAGCCUGAUCCUUUUUUUUUUUCUUUAUUUGAUGACCAGGUAUAGACGAAUGUGCCAGCUCGCCUUGCCUCAACGGCGCGUGCGUCGACAACAUCGGGUCCUUCCGGUGCAUGUGCUUCCCAGGGUACAAGGGGCGGCUGUGUGAGACUGGUACGUAUCUGAGGACGUGACCGUUCUAUGGUAACGUAAACAGUCAAUCGGUCACUCGAGGAUGUGUUACCCACCAUUAGGGGCGACCGAGAUGUUGCUCUAGGCGCCGUGGUUAAAAUUACUGCAGGUCGUCUCUUUUGGUUCUUUGUGGUGAAUUGGUUCUGUGUGGUGAAAGUGGUCCUGUGGGGUGAAGUGGUUUUGUGGGGUGAAGUGGCCCUGUGGGGUGAAGUGGUUCUGUGGGGUGAAGUGGUUUUGUGGGGUGAAAGUGGCCCUGUGGGGUGAAGUGGUUCUGUGGGCUGAAGUGGUCCUGUGUGGUGAAUUGUCCUGUGUAGUGAAGUGGUCCUGUGUGGUGAAGUGGUACCGUAUGUUGAAGUGGUCCUGUGUGGUGAAGUUGUACCGUGUGGUGAAGUGGUCCUGUGCAGUGAAGUGGUACCGUGUGGUGAAGUCGUCCUGUGUGGUGAAGUUGUACCGUGUGGUGAAGUGGUCCUGUGCAGUGAAGUGGUCCUGUGGGGUGAAGUGAUCCUGUAUAGUGAAGUGGUCCUGUGUAGUGAAGUGGUACCGUGUGGUGAAGUGGCCCUGUGUAGUGAAGUGGUCCUGUGGGGUGAAAGUGGCCCUGUGUAGUGAAGUGGUCCUGUGGGGUGAAAGUGGCCCUGUGUAGUGAAGUGGUCCUGUGGGGUGAAAGUGGUCCUGUGUAGUGAAGUGGUACCGUGUUGUGAAGUGGUAUGCUGUGGGGUGAAGUGGUUCUGUGGGGUGAAAGUGGUCCUGUGUGGUGGAAGUGGUCCUGUACGGUGAAGUGGUCCUGUACGGUGAAGUGGUCCUGUAUGGUGAAGUGGUCCUGUGUGCUGCACUGGUCCUGUGUUGUGUUUUGAUCCUAUAUGUGAUCAACCGGAGACAAACGCCCCGUCUAGAGCCAAACACUUGUUAACGAUCCAAUUGUACACUGAAGUUAAGCUAUUCCAAUCUCUAAUCAAGUAAUCUGUUAUGAGAAAUCGUACCUAGUCUACACAUCUCACAUCUGUAUCUUCUCUCGCCGGCUCCUGUUUGAAUACCUUCAGUAAGGACCUAAAUGUGUUGUAUGACCUUAUGAUCAACAGAGGUGGACCAGUGUGACAGCUCCCCCUGUCACAACGGCGGCACGUGCAUACAGCCGGCCCCCGGAAGCUACACGUGUGACUGCCGCCGUGGAUUCAGGGGCGUGGCCUGUGAAACCGACAUUGAUGAAUGCCUGUCGCUGAGCCCUUGUCAACACGGAGGGACCUGCUCACAGGGGCCGCCCGGGACCUACACGUGUACAUGCCGAGAAGGAUAUACAGGUUUGUUAUGCUGGAUUGAGGAGGGAGGGGGUGGGGUUGAAUGUUCACCGCAGGUGUCCCAGGUUCCAAUCAACGGAAGCUGAAACAGGGAAUUGGUGUCUUGUCUUUUAUUUAAUUGGCAUGUCUAUGAGUAAAGGUUGUUGGCUUUAACCCAGUGGUCGGCACAUUGUGGCUAUUUAACGACCUGAGUGCGGCUCGGCCAGUCGGCCACACACCGGGUUUAACUCCGAAAAACAUGGUUCUUGACAGUUCUUGACAGGUUCUUAAAAAGAAAUGUGGCUUUCAAAAAAUUUUUAUCGUCAAGCUGCUGAUUUUCGGCUCUUUUGACUAAUCCAUUUGCCGACCAUUGGUCUAACCACAUCCAUUUGCCGACCAUUGGUCUAACCACAUCCAUUUGCCGACCAUUGGUCUAACCACAUCCAUUUGCCGACCAUUGGUCUAACCACAUCCAUUUGCCGACCAUUGGUCUAACCACAUCCAUUUGCCGACCAUUGGUCUAACCACAUCCAUUUGCCGACCAUUGGUCUAACCACAUCCAUUUGCCGACCAUUGGUCUAACCACAUCCAUUUGCCGACCAUUGGUCUAACCACAUCCAUUUGCCGACCAUUGGUCUAACCACAUCCAUUUGCCGACCAUUGGUCUAACCACAUCCAUUUGCCGACCAUUGGUCUAACCACAUCCAUUUGCCGACCAUUGGUCUAACCACAUCCAUUUGCCGACCAUUGGUCUAACCACAUGGAAAAACACAAUAAUGUUUUUAAAAAAAAUGUAUUCGUCUUUUAAAAUAAAUCAUGUCAUUUUCAUUUGCGUCCCAUCAUAUAUGUUUGAUUAACAUGUUAGCCUACAGAUAGUGGUGGCAGCUGAGUCCAGUGUUAUACAGCAGGCUGUUACUAAAUUACAAUAUGGGUCUGUGCACGUAUAAUAUAACGGCAUGUUCUCACAGUGGGUGGGGCACCCAGCAAUCUAAAAUAAUAAUAAACAAUGUUAUGUGGAAAGAUUUAUUUUAAAAAACGUGUGUGGAGGGGCAAAGGAAAGUGUUUGUAAUUUUUACAGGGUGGCCAAUAUAUCAGUUUUGUUGAUGCAAUACUUUAUGUGGAAUUCUAGACGUGUACUAAAUGACAAAAUGUAGAAAAUAUACACAGUGUAGGAAGACGGGGGGGGGGUGUCGCCCUGGGAGACACGUCUGUGGGUUUUUUUUUUGUUUUUUUGGGGGUGGGAUUUCUGCCCACUUCAUCUACUGUUUNUCUGUUUUGUUUAUUCAAUUAUUUAUGUGGAAUUCUAGACGUGUACAAAAUGACAAAAUGUAGAAAAUAUACACAGUUUAGGAAGACGGGGGGGGGGGUGUCGCCCUGGGAGACACGUCUGUGGGUUUUUUUUUUGUUUUUUUGGGGGUGGGAUUUCUGCCCACUUCAUCUACUGUUUGUGGCCUGCGUUUGAUGUUUAUUCAGUACGCUUUACGAUUUUCUUGAGUUAUGCAUGGGAACAUUGAAGACCACCGCAGGUGUCACAAACUCUAGCUACACUACUGAAUAUAGUCUAUAUUUUUUUAUACUAAUUUAUUUUAUUAUUAUUUUUUCUUUUUUUUUGUGGAGAAAACUUCACUUCCAGAAAUUAAAAAAAAAAUAAUGACACACUUUCUCUCGACGCUGAUCAGGUGUUGACUGUGAGUCGGAUUUAGACGGAUGUGACCCUAACCCAUGUCAAAAUGGUGGACAGUGUAUUCAACUUGGUACAGGAUUUCAAUGCCACUGUAGGGAAGGUAAGCUUGUUAAAAUUGACAAUUUGAGUAAAUUAGGCUACCAGGCUAUUGUUGGGACUAAUACCCAUGACGUCAUUUGCGUGUUUGUUUAAAAUUUGUGCAGGAGUCAUUACCCUUUGUUCAUUUUAUUAUUAGCGGAAGUACUGAUGACAUGUUUCUGUUUAAAAUUUUAAUUGGUUGAUUAUUUAUAAUUUUAAAUUAUCAUUGGUUGGCUAAUUAUAUUUAUUUGCGCCACCAUCUUUUCAACAUGUUAGCCUAAUGCCGGCAGUUGUGCUCCAAUUAUUUGUACAUAUUUUUUUUUUAUUUGGAACUACCGGAACCUGUAAUAAAGUGUGUAAAAGUGUAUUUCAUGAAACUGUAAGUUGGUUUUUAAUUAUUUCUUGGUUUUUGGAUUAUUUUUGGCUUCUUUUUUGCCAUUUUUAUGGUUUUUUGUUCAUUUUCAAAUUCCAUGUGUUUUUACGGCUAACCGUUGCUGCUUACUUGUUGAGUUGUGGCCUUAGACUUUGGGUUAGGUUCAUGGGCGCCCGCAGGUAGGGGCAAGGUAGGGCACUUGCCCCCCCCCCUGGAUUGAUUGGAUAAAAAAUUUUUAGACAAAAAUAGACAAAAAAUGUAUUAAAGUAAAGAGAAAAUAAAGAGAAAGUAACUAAGCUGAUGUCCUGUCCGUUGCCGUUCGUUCACCAUAUAAAUACGCUACAGUAAAUUAAAACUACAUUCAAACAUUACUAAAAAAAAUCCCCCCCCCUCCCCCCCCCGGAAAGUUUUCUGCGGGCGCCUAUGGUUAGGUUUAUGGAUCAACUGUUUUCUUAUUUCAUUUUUUUUUUUUACAUUGGGGAGGGAUUCUGGGGAGGGGUGACCCCUCCCCAGAUAAUUUUUUGUUUCUGAUUUUGGUAUUUAAAGUGGGGGAGGGUCUGGGGAGGUCGGAGGGGGGUCUCCCCUCCCCAGUCGUUUCAUAACACAUGUUUUGCACUACAUUUUGGCCGCCAUCUUGGUUGACACUUCACGUGGAGCGUCAACUAAGAUGGCGGCCAUGAUGGGAAACCCCGGGUAUCAAUCUCAACAUUUACCACUAAUACAAUAAUAAGGCUAAGAAAAGAAGGUGUUUGUAACUUGUCACGACUUGUGUUUAUUUUGUUGUUUGAAAAUGAAAUACUUCUACCAUUCACAUUCCCUAGGUUACUUUGGUGGCACGUGCGACUCUGAGUUCAAUGUGUGUGUCAACAACCCUUGUGGUCAAGGCGUCUGUCAGCCGUUGGGCCAAGGACAGUAUCAGUGCGACUGUGGUGCAGGUGUAGUCGGUGUGAGCUGUGAGCAUCUGGCUGAUCCAUGCCAAUCUCUGCCAUGUGACAAUAACGGAACGUGCAUCAGAGAGCCAGGAGGUAGUAAGUUCAAGUUAAUGGGGGGAAAAACUCAUUUUAUUCAAUUGCUUUUUACUAUUAAUAAUUAAAUUUUAGAAACCAGAACAUUGGUAAUUACCUCUAAAGUGUUACAUUUUCUUUUGUGACUUUUUUUGCCAAAUAAAUAUAUAUCGACAGUGGUUUAAAAGGAAGAUGACUGCAACUAAAGCUAAUUGCAACUAAAUAAAACAAAAAUCUGCCUGCAUGCUGCUAAAAAGUCUAACUUACACUUAAAAUUCAACUAUUUAGCCUUCCUCUCCCUAUUUAAAGCCCCUAAGAUAAACUCCCUAACAAAACACUGCACACAUGCCUAACCACGAAACAGAAAAACAAGCCCAACUCAAGUUUAUUGAAUGAUUUUAAAACAAAACUCUAGCUUAACAACACAUCUUCAUUAAAACAUGAAAAAUGUCCAACUGUUGAGUACAUAUGAUAUGUAUUAUUUAUUUAUUAUGAACCUGUUUGUGUCUUUAUAACUCAGAUCAGAUAGCAGUUCAUUUAAACUGGACAAUUGUUAUAGCAUAUACAGCUUAGUUUUGACUAGCCUUUCAUUAUGCAUAUUCAUAGUCUAAUACAUAGAGACUAUACAAAGUUAAACAUGAAGGAAGGUUGCUGGUUCCCAAAGAUCUCUUGGUAAGAAAAUAACUAUUCCAAAAUGAAAGCAAAGUUAAUUAUCAUAAAGUGAAAAACAGAAUUAAUUGAUUUUUAGUAGACCUUUAACCCCUUUUUAUAGAGCUACCUUUAGCCCCUUUUUAUAGCACUGACCUUUCACCCUUCUUGAGAAUCGUCUUACUUCGUCUUGUUUCCAUGUGAGUGUAUAGCAUAUAGUUUGUUGUUUUCUGUAGGAUCAUUUCGAUGUGUUUGUACCAGCGACUACACAGGGACAUCAUGUGAACAAAAGUUGCCCAACUGCCAGGUUGAUAAAGCUGUGUCUUGUAGGAAUGGUGGAACUUGCAACAGGAACAGCUACGGCCAAGAGGAAUGUCUCUGUACAGCUGGUAUGUCUUGGAAAAGUUUAAUGGUUUUCGUUCUUUUUGCAAUGUACUUUUCUUCCACUAUAUAAGCCUAUAUAUAAUAUAACAUUUAAUAACAAACGUUGGUUUUUUUUUUAUAUUCAAACCAACAUCCUGAUCAGAAAUGACAUUUUGUUUCUAUUUUUCACUGUUGAGCCAUGACAUUUUCCCUACUCAGGUUUCAAAGGUGCCACAUGUGAGCAGACCACAGAUCCAUGCUACGCACAGCCGUGCGAGAACAAUGGAACUUGCAGAAAUAUCCGUACAAAUUCCAAUCUCUAUCUUUGUGACUGUCUACCUGAAUAUUCUGGUGCAAACUGCCAAUUUCAUAGUAAGAUAUUUAAAUCCUGACAUUUUGAACAUUUUUCAAUGCCCACAGGCAGGGUCAUUCAUAAAAAGAGUUGUAAAAAAAAGAGUUGAACCAUUUCCCACGGUAUUUGAAGAUUUUUUUAAACAUAAUCUAGUUUUAAAUGAAACAAAAAUGUUCUUUUGUUCAAACAGUUAAUCAAGGAUUGCAUUUGACACCAUAUCAAGCCUUGCAUUUGACACCAUAUCAAGCCUUGCAUUUGACACCAAAGCAAGCCUUACAUUUAACACCAUAUCAAACCAUGCAUUUAACACCAAAUCAAGCCGUACAUUUAACACCAAAUCAAGCCGUACAUUUAACUUUUCCAGUGAUUGCUUAUUGUUAUUUAGUUAUUCAUUUAAACCCAAAAAAAUAUUUUGAACUAACAAGUCUCCACUUUAAUUUAGCUCAGUGGUUCUAAAAAUGUUAAGUCUGAGGAACCCCAAGUAAUUUUAGUUUUUUGGGGAUUGAUAAGUACUUUAUAUGAAAAAUCAAUCUUCAUUUCAGACACAACUGGCAUUUCAACAAAUGGAGGUCUGAUCAUAUUUGGAGGGAGGGUCAAUCCUAUACUACUGUUUUCCAUCCUUGGGAUUCUAGUUACCCUAGGGGCCUUGGUGGGAACCUCUGCAUUAAUCAUUAGGAAAAGACAAGCCCGGAAACCACAUGAUUUCUGCUUCUCUCUGCCAUCCAUUUACUACCAAUACUUGGACCAAUAUGGAAGCAUCGCAAGCUCUGGCAGAUUUCAACAUGGCGCCACCAUCGAUUCAGAUGAGUUUCUGCACAGCACCACAGAACUGCGAUACUAAACAAAUCUGGUUCAGCUCAAGAUGAAGUCCUGACUAUGAAAUGUAAAGGGUAAUUAAAAAGGAUUAAUUGUCAUAGACCUGAAUUCCAAACAUGUCACUAAAAUCUAUCUGUCAUUGAAAAUAUAUUUUUAAGACAGCAUCAAGUCAGUAAAAUGCAUGCUAUUUAUUAUUAGUAUUAUUAAUGCAAACUGACGCAAUUAUUGUAUUCCUUGAAAUUCAUCAUGGAAACUCAGGAAACAAUGCUUCAAUUAUAGAAGUUAUUUAAAGUUCAACAAUUCAUCACUAAAUAUAAAUGUUACUUUUUCAUCAAUGAAUUUUAUAUUGUGCACCUUCACAAAAUUACAAUUUUAUUAUUGUGUCAUAAAAGCGCCAUGGUUGAGUUAGCUGGUAUUAUCUAUGUUUGUGUUUGAGCAUGUGAUCAUUGUUUCUGAACAUAGUGUGACUGAUUCUGCAUGUAUGUCUCCCCCCCCUCCCCCCCCCCCCAAAUUCACUAACUAUGAUUAAGUUGCAUAUAGUUGUUCUGCUGUUAGAGUGAUGUUGUACAUUUUUGUGUUUGAGCAUGUGGUCAUUGUUUCUGAACAUAGUGUGACUGAUUCUGCAUGUAUGUCUCCCCCCCCCCCCCCCCCCCCCAAAUUCACUAACUAUGAUUAAGUUGCAUAUAGUUGUUCUGCUGUUAGAGUGAUGUUGUACAUUUUAUCAUUUAGAGACUAACCAAUUUGUGUGUUGUUGUUCUAUUUAAUUUGUAUGACUUAUUAAAUUUAAUUACAUUUGAACAGAUUCAACUUAUAAGUUUUAUAGUUUAAUUCUAUUCAUCUAUCAUUGGCUUGACAUUUUAUACAGUAAUUUAUAGGAUACCACUUCAACAAUCUUUUUUUGAUAGUGUUUUACUGUCCACCUUCAUCAACACAAGUACAAUUCUAUAUGAUGCAUUAAUAAAAUAAUUAAAUCGGUGUAAUGU